AUGUCUUUCCAAACUACGCCAGCGCGCUCAUCGCGCAUCACAAAGCCGCGGAGACCGAGCGCACAUGCCGCACUCGGAUUGAAGAAAAAUACAUCAUCCCCGUCUACAGUCAGCCCGAGGAAGAAGUCACUGCCGUCUGAGACCAGCAUCUCAUACGACGAUGAAGAGCAACUGGACGACACGGGGGUAAUUGCCUCCCUUGCCGAAGACCUCAACUUUCGCGACGUGCCACAGUACAUGGAAUACAUCCGCAACAGAAUGUUCAGCAACAUGCCAGAGAAGGCGGGCAUGAACUCGACCAGGAUUGCUGAAGUCUUGAAUUAUCAAAGGAAUUUGCCGCCGUUUGUCACAAUAGCUCAUGUCGAUGCCUUGAGCACAUCGUCGACGAGAAUCGAACGAGAGAUCGCCGAGUUAGCGCAAGCAGGCAUCCUACGAAGAGUGACGAUACCGCAUCGCGGCGUUGGUGCUGCUGCUGUAGGAGAUGGUGUUGCCUCAGUGAGGGAAUGGCAGGCGCUUGUUCAAUCGCAUGACGGCCUGCCAGAAAGUAUCAAAUUAAAGUAUAACGCCGCCAUGAACGCACAUUCAACAUCAACCACAAUCUCCGGCAUAGCCUUUUCGUCAGCAGAAAUCUCCGCAUUAGUAACUGUCGGCUUUUUGACUUCAAUGAGCGCCAUCAACUCUGGCUCGUCUUUCUUCGCUUCUCCUGGCGCCAGCUCACUCGCGGCCGUUUCUACGUCUGGUUCCCGUCACGCAGCAGGCUCCUUAGAAGCUGUCGGUGGCGCCUACGCCGCCCAGCACAUCCACGGUGGCACAUCGUUGUCCGGCUCUCGCCCAUCAGUAACUGCUAACUACACAUUCUCCCUGCCAAACAUGGGCACACACAUCAAGCUUAUUGUAGAAGCGCGAAAUCACCUCUUGAAUAUGUUGAAGAAGACAAAAUACAAGGAAAUGCCCCUCGAUGUGCUACGUGAGCGCUGGGACGGCGGCGUUGUAGCAAGUACUGUGCAGUCGGAAAGAAAGAAGUUGAGAGGAGAAUUUUCCGGCGUACUUCCUGGGCGGACAAAGAAGUGGAAACAGUUUUACGGGAUGAGGUUCGAAUGGAUCCUGGAAGAGUGCCUUGGUGCUGGGCUUGUGGAGCUUUUCGAGACAGGAAGUGUGGGCAGAGCUGUACGCGCGAUACUCUGA